AUGUCGACCGCACCCGAGUAUUAUAUGGGCACACAGGGUUUUGAUGGCUCUUGGACUGAGAGCAACAUUUCCGAACUCGUCGCUCAGCUCGAUGUGGCCAACAUCAAGCACUAUGACACUGCAGCGCUGUACCCAAUUACCAACCCCGGCGGAGCCGAGAGCUUACUCGGAAAGGUUCGACAACCAGACUUCGUGAUCGAUACCAAGCUCCUUUACAGACCAGAGGCCCUCCGGAAAGGGAACAUGGAAGAGUCGAUUCGCAGCAGUCUCCAGAAUCUCGGUGUCCAGCAGGUGAACACCCUCUACGCCCAUGCACCCGAUCAGAGUGUACCGCUCGUCGACCAAGCCGCGAAUUUUGAUGCUCUUUAUCGAGCGGGCCUCUUUCACCAACUCGGCCUGUGCAAUUACUCGGCCACGCAAGUGAAAGAGUGGAUUGAGAUCGCGACUGAGAAGGGCUACACCCUUCCCAGGGUCUACCAAGGCCAGUACAACAUCUUCUGUCGCCAGUAUGAGAAAGAUUUAUUUCCCCUUCUGAGGACGAACGGAAUUAAGUUCGUCGCCAACUCGCCUCUGGCUGGUGGCUUCGCCACUGGCAAGCUAACUCUCGCAAAAGAUGCGGAGCAACUAGUGGGCACUCGUUUUGAAAAGUCUAAAGGAAAUUUGAUGGGUGGGCUUUAUCGAAUGUGGUACGAUAAACCCCUGUUCCAUGAUGCUGUGAGGAAGCUCCAGGUUGCAGCAGCGGAAGUGGGAGUCCCGAGCAUCGCCGAGGCUUCGUUGCGCUGGCUACUUUUUCACUCUGGCCUGACUAGCACCGAUGCAGUAGCCAUAGGCCCAACCAAGAUUAGCCAGCUUGAUGGGUACCUGACGGCGCGUGAAGCGGGUCCUCUGCCGGCGGGGCUUGUGGUCCAAAUAGAAAAGGUGUAUGAUGACACCAUGCGAACAGAAGCGGCUCCACUAGUGGAGAUCGGUUGGUGGUCAGUGUAA